CAUGGUGGUGGAUCAGCAGCCAGUCAAGACAGCAGGAAUAACAACACAGCAGAGAUCGUGAAUCACAAGAAUCGGGUGUUAAGGCCAAUAAUUAUAUGCUGCUAAAUACGCGACUUGACUCCGGAUCCUCUGCUCGACCAGGAAAGAGCCAAAGCAAAUCCAAACCGGACCUAUGUGACUUGUUUUGGGGAGAAGAAGAUCUGAGGUGGAGCUCUGCUGGAGCCGCAGUGCCUUUAGCUAGCCGGCUAACAUGUAGCUUUAAUACCUGGAUUUUUGCACCAUAAAUCGGAUUUAUCGAGCUGGAAUUUACCCGGACUGCUAUCACAUCUACCACCAUAACACCCUACUAUUGGAAUGUAGUUGAAAGAUUGCUCAAGCCUUUAAUUUUUGCAGACUUAGCUUACUAGUUAGCUAGCUCCGAGGAAGGACCAACUCGUCGGUACAGCUGAAGGCCGCAUAAAUUGUUCUUCGAGACGGCGUGAGCACCAACGCGAUGCCGCGGCUUCACGUCGGCCUGCGCAUGAAAACAUUCGUAAGAUAACGCUAGCUUUAUAUAACAGGCCGCCUCAGGUAGUCGGUAUAAUCUAUUGGGUCUGCUAAUUAGGCAAAUCACACCUCUAGGCACCUUUUAUAUUUUUUGUUAUUAUUCCACGUUAUUUUAAGCCCAGGGAUCGAACUAGCUAAAGCCGGGUAACCUGAACAUUUGUUUACAGUGUGUUAGCAUGUAUAUGUGUGCCAGGUACAGUGGAGGGCAAGGAAAUACAUUUUAAAUCCACUUUAGGUACAGGUUUUUUGCAAUUAUUAGCCACGGCAAUGUAGAUAAGAUGACUUUAGAAGUUGACGUGAUCUAUAGUUAAGGUAAAUGACUGAAACGAAUAUUCAUGGUAGUUUAGCUAAUCUUAGGUUAGUUGGCACAUCUGUUAAAGCCACACAUGUAAACAAGAGCCAUUUAUGUAUUAGUCUGUGUUUCUUUUUAUGCAAGCUGUCACUAAAUACUCAAUUCGUUAAGACACUAAAAUAAUAGUUGUUGUUUUUUUGCUCUGGAGCACAACGCGACAUAUCAGCCAUUCAUUCAUGAUUGAUGACCCUUGAGGAAGCAGACUGUCCUUUAUCUCCCCCCCACUACAGCUCAACCACUGCAUCCAGUUGGGCUAUCACUAACAGUCUGUGCUAGAGUAUUUAUGUCAAACCACUAAUGUGACCAGGUAAAGGAGGACAUGGAGGACUUUUUUCUAUUUUGAAUGUUAGUUUUAGCAGCACUUUUCUUCGUUAUCCUACUGACACCUCACUGGAAACAGCUUGGGGUUGGACUGGGAACAUGAGGAGCACGCUGUUUGAUCAGACCAGCUUCCACGUAUCUUGAGGAUUUUAUCAGAGAGCACAAACAAAGAGCCCCGAUUGUGUGGACCCGAGACCUGAGGAGGAACGAGAUGGGGAUGGUGAUAAAAGAGGCUCAGUGACGGUGCCAAUCCCCACAGCAGGAAGCAGAGGAGUGAGACAAGGCUACAGACAUGAGUCUACGCCAACCCACCUCUACCUUGGACAGCCCCUUUGCUGCUUGGCUCAGCAGUCUAACCAUUGGAGACUCUGAACGCAAAUCUUCGACCACCCAGCAGAGGGAGCCACUGGCCGACAUCUCUUUAGAGAGUGCGGGUACUGGUCUCGUGCAGAGAUGUGUGGUCGUACAGAAGGACCAGCUCGGUUUUGGCUUUACAGUGUGUGGAGAGAGGGUCAAGCUAGUGCAGAAUGUGCGACCAGGUGGUGCUGCAGUCAAGGCCGGAGUCCAAGAAGGAGACCGCAUCAUAAAGGUGAAUGGCUUGUUGGUGUCCUCCAUGUCCCAUCAGGAGGUGGUAAAGCUCAUCAAAUCUGGACCGUACGUAGCUCUGACACUACAGGGACCUCCCCCACUAGCUGCUACCUUGCCCUUAGAGCCCCUCCCUACUGACCUCACACCCAAUCAAAGAACCUCUCUUGGUGGGGAAGCUCCGCCUCCUCCAUCACCACCUCUGCCCUCUGGACUGAGCAGCAACUCUUCCCAAAGAAUCACAGGACCCAAACCACUACAGGACCCAGAAGUACAAAAACAUGCCACUCAGAUACUCAGGAAAAUGCUGGAGCAGGAAGAAGCUGAACUGCAGGACCUGAUGGAGGAGCACUUGAGGAACCCUUCACCGUCGCUGGAGGAGCGGAUUGAAAGUGCCAAGAGGAGGGCGCGCCAAGUCAGGGUGAAGAUUCAGCAAGAUGUGGAGGGAACACGAACUGAGUCUGUCACGAGCUACGUCAAAGCAGGGGAAGGUCGACUGUCGGUGGACUCGGGCGAAGGCGACAUCGAGGCCUUUGAGAGUCCCCACUCCUCCCCCUCAUCUUCCUUCAGGACCCCCCUUCACCGACGGCAGAGCUCCGACACACACACCCUCUCUGAUUCGGGCGGCAAAGCCCAGAUCAUCGGCCCCGAGGAGGAAUAUGAAGAUGACGGCUACGCAUUCAAUGAAAUGGACGGGCCAUUCCAGGACAUCGAGUUGUUGAAAUCGCGACCAGCGCACAUGACGGUCUUCAUGAGAUACAUCUUCACUCAACUCCUGGACCCCAACCCUCUGCUGUUUUACUUGUCUGUGGAGGCGUAUCUGGGCUCCAGUUCGAAAGACGCCCGAGCUCUUGCACCGCAGAUCUGCUCCCAUUUUCUGGACCCAGACGCUCCCCUGAAAAUCAAAGUACGAGAGGAUUAUCUCGCAGAUAUCGAGAGUCGAUUACAUGUCCAGGAGGACAUCAGAGGACCUCUGUCUGAGCUGCAGCAGCUGGUCCUACCGGACAUCCAGGACCAGAUACAGGACUACAGGAGCAAGCAGAUGAUGGGUCUGGGCUCGUUGUUUGGAGAAGGAGACCUGCAGCACCUGGACGGAGACCCGGUGAAGGAGAGACAGGUGGUGGACAAACAGGUCACCGCCCUCUGGGAGAUACUAUCAAAGCACGAAGAAGACAGAAGUUCUCCUCUGGCAUCGGCGGUCCUCCUCUACCUGCGUCACUCUGGCAUCAAACUAAGAGACUCCAAGGUUUUCCCCGGUCUGAGCACAGAAAAGGAGAAGUGGCUCGCUUUCUUAAAGACAAAAAAGCUGACUGGCACCAAGAAAGAGAAAGAUGGAGAGGAUAAGAAGAGAAAUCCCAUCUUGAAAUACAUCGGCAAACCCCGGAGCACAUCCCAGUCCACAUUCCAUGUCCCGUUGUCACCCAACGAAGUCCGUCCCGGCAGUGUGAGGAACAUCAUUCAGCAUUUUGAGAAUCACACGGAGACGGGAGAGGAGGGAGACGACGCUGCCGACCCUCAGAGGCUCUCCACCAGCAGCCUGGGAGAAGACAGCAUGGACAGCAGCCCGACAGUCUCGGUGCGUCUGGCACGCAGCGAGUCACUGAAGGCACAGGGGGAAGGGCGCCGGCGGGGCGCCGCCUCGGGAACGGAGUCCGUGCCCCGCUCGCGCAGCGACGUGGACAUGGAGGACUGCGGGGACGAGAGGGAGGGGCCGGGUCUCAGGCCGCUGCAGCACAGCGCUUCGUCGUCGGCAUCCAGCAGCUCUGCGCGGUCUCUAGAGAACCCUACACCCCCAUACACCCCGCGGUCUCGACGCAGGAGCGUGGACUCUCCGCUGGCCCUGCUGCCGGACGCCGCGGCGCUAGAAGAGGAGGUGUGUGACGCGCAGAACUGGCAGGACACGGUGUCUCCUCAGCUCCUGGCCACGCUCAGCCCCAGAGAAGUGGACAGACAGGCCGUUAUAUAUGAGCUCUUCACCACGGAAGUGUCCCACCUGAGGACCUUGCGCGUCCUUGACCAGGUCUUUUUCCAGAAGAUGAGGUCGGUCCUGAACUCCGAUGAGCUGGCGUGCAUCUUUCCGAACCUGCCGCAGGUCUACGAGCUCCAUGCAAGUCUGUGCGAGGCGAUGAAGAAGCGAAGAGAAACUGCCGUCGUUCAGGACAUCGGGGACGUCAUGUUGGCCAGGUUUGAAGGCGCAGCCGGAGAAGAGUUUCAGGAGCAGGCGUCCCAGCUGUGCAGUCAGCAGUCUCAGGCUCUGGAGCUCAUCAAGAACAAGAAGCGCAAAGACUCUCGCUUCACCCAGGUCAUCCAGGAGUGUGAGUCGAGUCGACACUGUCGCAGGCUGCAGCUCAAAGACAUGCUGGUGUCGGAGAUGCAGAGACUCACGAAAUAUCCUCUGCUGCUGGACAACAUCAUCAAACACACAGAAGCGGCUUCGUCGGACUUUCCCUCGCUGCAGCGCGCCCAGGCUUGUUGCCGAGGGAUACUGCAGGAUGUCAACAAGGCCGUCGGGGAAACGGAACAGCGGCAGCGCCUCAGCCAAUAUCAGCGCAGGCUGGAUGUGGCCCCUCAAUUCAAGAGUUUGGACCUGAACUCAAAGAGACUGAUCCAUGAAGGUCCUCUCACCUGGAAAGUGAGCAAAGAUAAACAGAUAGAGAUCCAAGCGCUGCUGCUGUCCGACUGCCUCGUCCUCCUUCAGCGAGGCCCAGACGACCGGCUGCAGCUGCGGUAUCCAUCCCGCUGGCUGGGAGGAGGCGGGGGAGGAGGCGGGGACAGCAAGACCUCCUUCAGCCCGGUGGUGAAGUUGGACUCGCUGCUGGUCCGCUCGGUAGCCACAGACAACAAAGCGCUGUACAUCAUCAGCACCGCAGAGAGGCAGAUCUAUGAGCUGGUGGCCGGGACAGCGUCAGAGAAAAACAUGUGGAAAGAAUUACUCGAAAAGACUGUCUCGUCUGCGGAUGGCUCGUCACCUCUGAUCAAUCAUGGAUCCAUACCAAUACCUUCCCCCAGUACACGCAGUGCAUCGCCAGUCUCAACGGGCAGCAACGUCUACGCAGAGAGCUCAAUGACGGAGCAGUCAGAUUCCAUGGAGACUCAUUCCUCCAACAACGACGUGGGGCUCUCCGACGACACCUCCAUGGACCAAUCGGGAGCCUUCAUCUGCGGAGAAAGGCCGGCAGCGUGUGUAGCAGAGGCUGCUUUGCAGGACGUGGAAACGUUGCGGCGGCUCAUACUGCGAGACCUGGAAGACGAUGGUUGGAGCCACGACUCGGACGACACGCCCACCAACGAGACGGCCAACGAGGGCGAGAGACAGCGACCCGAGUCUUCCGAGACGGUCCUCAGCUGCGACGGCACCGACGUCUUGGAGGCAGAGGAGGCACCAGAAGAGGCUCCGCCCCCGCACCGCGAGCAGCCCAUCGUUCAGGUCGUGAGGAAAGCUGUGGUUGUGGGUCCUACUCCGCCUCCUCCUUCUUCUUCUUCUGUCCCUGACGGCAUCACUGAUGAUGUUACCCUCCCCUCCGACCAGUCGUCCAAGCCGAGAGGCGGGGCCACUACGCAGGGCAACAUGUUCUACUUGGUGAUGCCGACAGAGCAGGGUGAAAGCGUCACCGAUGACCUCAGCGUUCCACCCGCGCCCACCGCCGCUAACUCCCCUCGGCCUGUGGAGGGAGUGACGUCGCCGGUCUGCGGUCCACCGGAGCGCGACCGAUCGGAGGCUAUGCAACUGGAGCAGGAAGAAGAAGAAGAAACGGGUCGAUUUCUGACCGGGAACCAGAGUCACAUGAUCAAGAACGUGGACGAGAUUUUCCACACGAUUGAGGGGUUGAUGAGCAAGUUGCGUCAGCUGAAGGAAAUAGAGAAGGCUCAUCACAAGCUCUUGAAAACCCUCACCGAGCCGUCUGUCAAUCAGGAGUCAGGGGACCAACAGUGUCACUCGGCAACCGUCUCCAGGACGCCGUCUCUGGAUCGUGGCUCAGGCGAUGGAAAAGAAGGAAGUCCGGCAGAACCCAGGAUUCAGUCGACAGGAUUCUGAUGGAUUCUUAUGCGGAGUGGAUUUACUCGCAGACGGACAUAUCUACAUAUGCAACUACUGUCAGACUUGGCCGCUGUAGCUCCGCCUCCCUUUGCCCCCUUGUCCCUGCAUGCGCCGACCAGUGAAGCGGAACCUUGCGGAACGACUGCAGCCGUUUUUUCUUUCCGUUUUUGUUUCCCACCGUUCACCGAGAAUCUGGUCAGACUCAUUUAAGGAGCGUCGACGCAAAACUACGCAACGUAGACUUCUACCGCAGCAAGAGGGAGUCGAGGGGGAUGUGAAGGAUGAAGGAACAAAAAAAAGGGCAGAAGACAAGUUGAGGAAAGCGAAGCGAUGGAGGAACUGAAAGUAAGAGGGAGGGAAAAAAAAUGACCAAGUUGGAUAUUUGUGAAGGAAAGACAGACGUGUAGAGAAGCAGGGACGUGUUGAAAAUGUUAAUUUAAGGAGAAAAAAAAAAUAUAUCCAAGGGACCACCACCCCAGCACUUUACCCACAAUGCAUCCCUCUGGCAUGCGCAUCCUCUGCAGCAGACAGAUCAGGAACUGAACGCACCUUGGGCUGCAUUUAGGGACCGACACUUGAGCGAAAGACGGCCCACCGAGGGUCCACCGCCAUCACUUCUCCACUGGACGCUUUACACUGAGUUCACCUGUCGCUGCGGCCGACGGACUGUGUCUAUAUAAUAUAAUUAAAUAUAAUUCAGGUUAUUUGCACUGGGUAAGGAAACCAAUACCACAAACACAUGCGUAAUUUUAGCCACAGCAGCCCCCCCCCCCCCACUAUGGUUGACCCAUCUGUGGGAACAGUUGCGGCCAUUUUGUUAUUUCCUAAAGCCUUUCUUUUAAGCUACAAAAUGGCUGUCCGUCACCACAUUAGUUUCUUUUUCAUCAUUACAUGGUUGUUUUUCUUAUCGAUUGUUAUGUUUUAAGUUCUGAAAAAGAAAAAAAAACACUACUCUGCUGUUUACUACUGAAAUGCUGGCAGGUUUUUUUAUUUUACUUUUCAUUUCCAGUGCUGCUUCACAAAGGUGUACAGGGAUCUCAACGGAUUCACGCGACUGUGGGAGAUUUGAGACGGGCAAUGUCAACGUCGAGCGUCAAAGAAACGGAUGCAAAAAAAACAGAUUCGAACAUAGAAACUUGAACUUUUCAGCCAGAAAAAAAAAGAACCUGUUAGUUUAUCACAUUGCUGCCAAAUAUUGCCGCUGACAUUGCCCGUCUGCGUUUUGACUUUUGUGUGUGAAUGCCACAGUAAACACUGUGAACCAGCAUCUCUUUUUGCCGUAGAGUGUUUCCAUCCCAUCAUCUCACAUCCAAAAAACGUGAAUGGACUCUUUACACCAAGCAGAUUCCCGAUAAGAGAUCCCCGUGAUACUGUAUUUAUGGCGAGGAAAGAAAAGCUUUUUUUUUUUUUUUUUUUUUCUUAAAGAUAAUUUUUAUAAAUGCAAGGACACGCAGUUAGAUUAGACAAUUUUUUUUUUAAACGAAAUUAUUUCAUCUGCUUUCUUGCUGAGAGUUAGCCCAGAGGAUCAAAACCACUCUCGUGUAGGUGUGUUAGCUAUGAGUUCACUGUAUGCUGCUAGUUAGCUUAGCAUAGCAUAAUCAGACCACGGCUGUAGCCAAUUUGCCUCCGUUUCCUGUCUCGAUGCUAAACUAAGCUAACCCGCACAACAUGUUCACACAAGAUGUUGGGAGCAACAUUGCUAGUCUUUAUGCUAAGCUAACAUAGGGUUGUCUCCUCCACACACAUGUGGGGUGUGAUAGAAAUUCUAAUGUGUGCUAAGCUAACAUGCUGUUUGCUACUUCACACAUACACAUACAUGUGGGGUGUGAAGUCUGCAGGAAAAAAAGCUUAGCUUAGCUUAGCACAGAAUGUGGCUGUAGCCCAUUGUCCCUCUCUUUCCCAUCUUUAUGCUAAGCUAAACCAGCUAAUGCCGCUGGCUGCUUCACACACACACACACACACACACACACACAAGUGGGAUAUGUGUGAAAAUAAGAAAAAAUGUCAAACUUAGCAUAAACAAAGCCCAGGUGCAGUUUCUAUUCAUGCUAAGCUAACAUGAUGUUGGCUACCUCACACACACAUGUGGGGUAUUAUUUCUGUGUGAAAAUGAGAAAAAAUUGUCAAACUUAGCUUAGCAUAAAUAGAGUCCGGCUAUAGUCCCGUUUCCUGCCAUUAUGCUAAGCUAAGCUAACAUGCGGUUCACACGCAGACAUGGGAAGCCGUGCUGAUUUUAAUUCUUUGCAUGAAAGCAAAAAAAGAAUUCUAGCUGGACUGAAAAGUAUUUUUGGAUACUAUGUAGGAAAAGUUUCUUGACACUAAGAAAUUUUUUUUUGUUAGCCUGAGUUGAGGCUCCUAUAACCAGCAAAGACUGACACUGCAGCCACUCUUCCUUUUUUUCCUAAUGCUAAAUAGACACUAGGCAGUAAUGUCGCUGCAUAGAACCACACUGGACAGAAUUUUAUUUGAGCUGGUUUCAAAUACUUGCACCCGACGAUAUACUACCAAACUAAAACCACAAUAGGAGCCUAGUACCUUUUACGCAAUGUCAAAAAAGAUAUUUCACUUCCUGGUGGAAAGUUUCCACUGUUUAACCAGCGAAAUGACGAUCAGGACCUCGUUCAGACCUGUCGUUAACAUCCGUGCCGAGCAAUUUGAUAACAUCCAAAGUGAAGGUCAAACAAUAGGUGGCCUCCUCAUUCCUGAUCUUUCAAUCCAUCCUCUAGACGAAUUAUGGCGCUUUUCCAUUAUACACUUCUAUUACGGCUCAGUUCUACUCUGGUUUUUCUUUUCUUUCCAAUUAGGGUUAGUACCUGGUACAUUUUUUUCCGAAUGGAACGGUUUAGUACAAUGCGUAUUUUUUUGUGUUUUCUUUAGGAAUAGUACCAAAAUAACCCUCAACCCAACCGGCCCCAGCCCAUUCCUUUUUUUGGCACCCUUCCCUUGGGUUACCAGAGUAGUGGUAUGGUAUGGGUGGAGCUAGACCAACGACAGUCAGCUGAUUUGGUGACAAAAAAGCGUCACUCUGAAUUGUACCAUGGUGGAAACGUGGCUUUUGUGCGUUAGUGUCUCACCCGCUCAUGGAAAACAACAUUCCCCGAAGCCAAACCAAGGAGAACCGAGUAGUACUGGAACUGUGUAAUAGAUAAGAGCCAUUAGAGAUCACCUCCUCACCUAACCUCCUCUGAUUCGCAGCAUUUUCAAGUUUAUUUUGUACACUAAUCAACACUCUAAUGUGAUUUAUUUGUUGCCGCAAUAUCAACACUCACACCUACACUCCUAAAUACGUCUAUAUAGCCAGACACAUUAGAAACAUGAUUUUUAUGACGAGAUGUGAUAUUUAAAAGUGUGAGGGACGUCAGAUUACUGAGGACGGAUGUUAACACCAGGUUUGAACGGUGCAGAAGCGGCACAACUUGGAUUUUAAUGUGUGUAAAAAUGUACUAAAUGCGUAAAAUAAUUUUAAAAAAAGUCAGGACUGCUGAUUUUUAUGCACACAGAGUGACUCAAGUGCUAAAAUGUAAAAAAAGAAAAGAAACUGUUUUACCAAAGUGAAUUAUCUCAUCAUUCGUGUCGAAGGUGACACUUUCCUGUUCCUUCACAUUGUCGCUGCUGUUCUUCGACCAACUCGAACCGGGAAGCGGAACAUUUUGUCCAUAAAAAGCUCUAUUUCCUCCACAUCUUCUCUUCUACCAGCAUUUUUCUCUCCGACUUCUACCUCCACACACUCAAUUUCUCUCUUUCCUUCACUGUUUUUCUCUCCUCACACAUUGACAUCAGCAUCGCGGCUCCAACUGGGCUGUGAAGAAAGCUAUAACUGAUUCCUCUUGUUUAAAUAAUAAUAAUAAUAAUAAUGAUAAUGAUGUUGCACAAACUAAACUUCCCUGCACGGUGCAAACUACUGUAUGCAUACACACAUCUUUAUCAUCUCAUUUAUUGUCUUUAUUCUAAUUUUAUUCUUUUAUCUUGUUCACUCAUGUAAUAUAGAGAAAUCAGACCCACUUGGUUUAUAUAUGUUAAUUUCUUUUUUUUUUGUAAAGCCUUAGUCAUUGUAUUUGAUUUUAUUUUUGUAGAUAUGAUUUUUUUUAAGGAUGUAUAAAUUAUUGUUUCCUUUGCCCUUGUUUUUAAAAUUGGUGAGAUUGUUAGCUGCACAGAAAGGAAAAAGAACUCGUGUUUUUCGGAUACAUGUGUUUUGUGAAAAUAAAAAAAGAAACUGGAUGAAGAAAA